GGGUAUUGGCUAGGGUAGCGAGUGUUCAGUGUGAAUCCUGUGCGCAGAUGCUAAGUAACGUUAGCUAUAUUCAGACUAGCGCGAAUAAGGCGUCUCGAUUUUACCGAACUAAUGUUUCUAAGUAUGAACACAACCAGCUAGCUAAAUGUUGAAUUGUAACGGACUAACAAUAACGCUAAAUCGUUGCAAAUGUGUGCGAUCUGAGCCUUGGUUUGCCAAACGCGAUAGUCCCGCCGUUCGCUGCGGUGUCCUUAUGGGCCUUGAACCCUAUAGCGUUCUUUAACCCUUCAAUGUUGACCUUUCACCGACAGGAAAAGAAAUACCUUUUAUCUUCCGCAUCGAUUUUAAAUAUCUACUAGACCGGAGCUUAUUUGUUGUGCUUACACCCAUGGCUGUUUUAUGUUUAACGAGCUACAUUUUGUGUGAUAUUUAUCAAACUUGGCGUAGAAGGCCAACAAUGCAGAAACUAGCUAACGUUAGCUUAGCACGCUAGGCCGUGCGACAUUGCACUUCACGGUGUGCGACACAGUUAACUAACGUUAGCAAGCUAACGUGUCAAUAGUAUACCAAGUUGCUCAAAUAACCCAGCAUCUCCCAAAAGUUAACUAGCUACUCAACAUUUACUUUAACUCAAACCCUCUUUGCUCACUUUGAUGUGCCUCAUGGGGCUUUGAUGUGAGCAGCAGAAGGAAACAGAAUCGGCGUCAUGGACAGACACACUCAGAGGAUUCAGCUGGUCUCAGCUGACGGUGGCAUGAUGGGACAUCGUAUCCAGAUCGUGACGGACCAGUCGACGGGCCAGAAGAUCCAGAUCGUGACGGCGUUGGAGCAGGGUUCUGGUGGCAAGCAGCAGUUUAUCCUGGCUAAUGCAGACUACUCUACGCCAGGCAAGGUAAUCCUAGCCAAGCAAGAGGCCUCGUCCCCGGGAAAGGUGAUCCUGGCGGCCCAAGACGGUUCAGGGGUCAACCAGCUGCUGUUUGCCUCACCUGACCUGUCCGGCCAGCAGAUCCAGUUUGUGACAGAAGGGUCAGACCAGGCACUUGCCAAGCCUGUGGUGGAGUACUGUGUGGUGUGUGGAGACAGGGCCUCAGGCCGUCACUACGGGGCAGUGAGCUGUGAGGGCUGUAAGGGUUUCUUCAAGCGCAGCAUCAGGAAGAACCUGGUGUAUACAUGCCGGGGGUCUGGAGAGUGUGUCAUCAACAAGCACCACAGGAACCGCUGCCAGUACUGCAGACUGCAGCGCUGCAUGUUCCUGGGCAUGAAACAGGACUCUGUCCAGUGUGAGAGGAAGCCGGUGGAAGUCUCCAGAGAGAAGUCUAUCAACUGUGCUGCGUCUACAGAGAAGAUCUACAUCAGGAAGAACCUGUGUAGUCCCCUGGCUGCCACGCCCACCUUCGUCACUGACAAGGAGACCGCCAGGUACUACAAGGAGACAGCCAGGUCAGCCAGUUUGCUGGAGUCAAGCAUGCUCCUGAACAUCCAGCAGCCUUUUCCCAAGCUAGAGAACACCAUCCUGGUCCCUACAUCCCCUGAAUCGAAUGACCCGUGUCAGGACGACCUGAGCACGCUGGCCAAUGUGGUGACGUCACUGGCCCACUUGAACAAGGCCCGGGAGAUGAACGAUGUCACCGACAGCAAUGACCUGAUGGGCGCAGAAGACACCCUUAGCAAUGGAGACAGCUCCAUGACGGAUCUCCAAGGAGACGAACAGACUGCCUGUGACAUCACCCGAGCGUUUGACACUCUGGCCAAGGCCCUGAACCCUGGGGACGGCUCAGCAGGAGACUCUCUGGAAGCCACCAUGCAGCUGAUGUCAGGAGACCAGUCUGGUCCCGUGGUGGAGCUGGAGGGGCCUCUACUCUCAGACAGCCACGUCCCCUUCAAGCUGAUGAUGCCGUUGCCCAUGCCGGAGUACCUUAAUGUGAACUACAUCUGUGAGUCAGCCUCGCGGCUCCUCUUCCUGUCCAUGCACUGGGCACGCUCCAUACCUGCCUUCCAAGCCUUGGGUGGUCAGGAUAAUGACAUUAACCUGAUGAAGGCCUGUUGGAACGAGCUGUUUGCUCUGGGCCUGGCUCAAUGUUCCAAUGUCAUGAACGUCUCCACUAUCCUGGCUGCCAUCAUCAACCACCUUCAGACCAGCCUACAAGAUGGUACAGGAGGUGAUGAGAAGCUGUCCCCAGAGAGAGUGAAGCUGGUGAUGGAACACAUCUGGAGGAUGCAGGAGUUCUGUAACAGCAUGGCCAAGCUAUCCCCUGACGUUUAUGAAUACGCCUACCUGAAAGCCAUCAUCCUCUUCAGCCCUGACCACCCAGGUAUAGACAACACCCUACAGAUUGAGCGUUUCCAGGAGAAAGCCUACAUGGAGUUACAGGAUUAUGUAACUCGGACCUACCCUGAAGACUCGUAUCGGUUAUCCAAGCUGUUGCUUCGUCUCCCUGCCCUGCGGCUUAUGAGUUCAGUGGUGACAGAGGAGCUCUUCUUCACUGGCCUCAUCGGCAACGUUCAGAUAGACAGCAUCAUCCCUUACAUCCUCAAGAUGGAGACCACCGACUACAACAGCCAGGUGGCCACUGGCGUCUGACCUGACCCCACGCCGACCCUGGUUUAACACGGCAACCGCCGACGUCACCAGGUCACCAUGGUAACAGCAUCCCCGUGUUCACCUUGGCAACAUCACCUGCAGGCCAACGGCCAUGGAAACGUUAACAUUCUUAAGGGGGGUAAA